AGAUUUUGUAGAAUUCACCGAAGAACCCAUCAGGACCCGGUGCUUUUGCAUUGGGGAGACUCUUUAUGGUCCGGCAAACUUCUUCUUCAGUGAAGUCCGCGUUUAGAGCAUCUGGGCCGGUGUACAGACUCCAGAAAUGCCUUACCAGAAUCCAUGUCUGCAGGAGAAGAGGGUUAAUAAUGACUAGUGGAUUUCAAUGAAGAUCUGGGUUCCUUAUUUGAGUGGCUGACAGUCUGCGCACGACAGCCAUGGAGGAGGAUGUCAAGUUAGAAAGUACCAACGACGAGAGCAGCUUGAGAGCGAAAUUAGACCGGAACAUAUCAGUUAGUGAAUUUUCCUGCAAUUGUUGCUAUGAUAUCCUGGUGAACCCCACCACCCUGAACUGUGGGCACAGCUUCUGCAGGCACUGUCUGGCCCUGUGGUGGGUGUCUUCAAAGAAGACUGAGUGUCCUGAAUGUCGUGACAAGUGGGAAGGAUUUCCUAAAGUAAACAUACUACUUAGGGAUGUCAUUGAAAAAUUAUUUCCUGAUACCAUAAAAGAAAAGUACAAGGACCUUGAGCAGAACACUGAAAUUGGCCGGGCCCUGCAAGCCUUCAAUAAGUAUGGGAAUGAUCAGAAUCAGUCGUCUUCCAGGGAAGGGCGGGCUAACCAACAGAGGGGUGGAGGUGGCUUCUUCUCAGGGGUGCUGACUGCGUUAACAGGAGUUGCAGUAGUCUUACUGGUGUAUCAUUGGAGUAGUCGGGAAUCUGAACAUGACCUCUUGGUCCACAAAUCAGUGUCUAAAUGGACCCCCGAAGAGGUAGUCCUUUGGCUUGAACAGCUGGGUCCAUGGGCAUCCCAUUACAAGGACAGAUUUUUAUCAGGAAGAGUUAAUGGAAGGCUCCUGCUUACACUGGCUGAUGAUGAAUUCUCUAAAGAGCCGUACAGUAUAGAGAGCAACAGUCACAGGAGAGCCAUUAUCAUGGAGCUGGACAGAGUUAAAACACUUGGGGUCAAGCCACCCCAGAAUUUGUGGGAAUAUAAGGCUGUAAACCCUGGAAAAUCCCUUUUUCUGCUGUACGCUCUGAAGAGCUCGCCCCGACUCAGCAUGUUAUACAUGUACUUGUUUGACUACUCGGACACCUUCUUACCGUUCAUCCACACAACAUGUCCUCUACAAGAGGAGGAUGAAGACGACAUUAUAACCAAAUUCAUAGAUUUGCAGGAUCCAACAUGGGCACAAUGGCGUGAGUUUCUUGUCAAAUAUGUGUUUCUUCCAUAUCAACUUCUUGCUGAGUUUGCGUGGGACUGGUUAGAAGUACAUUACUGGACAUCUCGAUUUAUAAUUGUGAAUGCCAUGCUUCUUUCAGUCCUGGAAUUAUUUUCUUUUUGGAGGCUUUGGUCGACCAGCCAACUACGAUCCCUCCCUCGACUUAUGUGGGGACACUUUUGGAAGAUGUCGACCCAAGGACUCUUUGUUGCCAUCUUCUGGCCUGUAAUCCCACAGUUUGUGUGCAACUGCUUGUUUUACUGGGCUUUGUAUUUUAACCCAAUCAUUAAUAUUGACUUAGUGGUAAAAAAGAUAAGAAGACUGGAGACUCAAGCAAUGUGACGUGAAAGCGCUCCUUCCCAGGACAGGACACAAGUCGUGACACUGAAUGAAAGGGUGGAAGUCUCUUUCUACAGUCACUGUGUGAUCCAUUUAUUUUAAAAAAGACUGUUAAAUCCAAGAGGCACUGCUAUACUAGCAAGGUCAAAUAAUUAACAUUUUUUUUUUUUUUUUUUUGGUCCUUCAUUUUUCUUAUUUUUUUUCUCCCAUUGAAAUUUUUUUUGUCUUCUUUUAGAGCAUCAAUUGCUCAGAGAUUUUGAGUGAAUUUAUGGUUUACAGCCCACAUAGGAAUAUUGUGCAGCUGCUUAUGUAAGUGCAAUCACUUUAAGGCUACGUUCACACAGGGCAAAAUUUCAGAUUUCCCACCAUCAUAUCUCACCUCAGAGCCCAGUUUUGCAUUUACAUUUUAUGUUUUUGAGACAGCUUCAGACCAUUUUUUCCAAAGGUUUGAAAUUUUGGUGGCAUUUUCCUUAUUGCAAUAGUGCUUUUUUUUUUUUUUUCAUUCAUGCAGUAGCGCUAAUGCAGUUUUUAAUAUAAACAUGUUCUAGGAUCACUUCCUAAGUGCAGCAAGAGCAAACAAUUGAAAAGUAAAUUGAGGAUCGCUAUAAAAUACCCCUGUGUUAACCAAACCUUUUGUAUCCUGCUACCGGCAAUAGACCGGAAAUUAAAUUAUUUUCUGUUUAUUCUGAUGGCUUUUUAAUUUCAGCCGCAGACUAAGUGCAAUAAUUUUUAAUGUCUAAUGUGAAAAAAAAUCUUAUAAAUGCUUUACUCUU